AUGUUGAAUAAAACUGGUGUGAUUUGGCUGGUUAUCAUCAUACUGUGCUCAUUGCGAGCAUGUAAAUUAUAUUUAUCUUCGACAAAAGAAUUACGGCCUGAAGAAUACAGUAACUGGAUCUCAGCAAAGAAACGACUUCUACAGCAGCAGCAGCAGCAGCAACCAAUAGCAGACAUUUAUGCUAAUAGUGAUAGAAACGACUCGAUAACACUUGGAACAGAGCCUAAUAAUUUAUUCUAUUUCAUACAUGUUACAGAUUUACAUCUAUCUCGGUUCAGACCUAAAGGACACACCUAUCAUUUUUUGCAUUUUAUACAAUCUAUUUUACCCGUAGUCAGACCAAAAUUCGUGGUUGUCACGGGUGAUCUCACAGAUGCCAAAGACAGCAAACGCAUCACUUCUCAACAAUAUUUGGAUGAAUGGAAAGUCUAUCAAAAAGCCAUUCAAGAAAAAGUACCUGAAGACAUGGGAUGGUACGAUAUCCGCGGCAAUCAUGAUUGUUUCGAUUUACCGUCGUGGAAGUCCCGUAUUAACUACUAUAGAACACAUGGUAAAAGUGCUGGCUUAGUGGAGCAAGGCAAAGGAAUAUACUCUUGGCAAGUCAAUCAACCUAUGGGGAAUUACCAAUUUGUAGCAAUCGAUGCCUGUCCCAAAAAAGGACCUUCGAGGCCAUUGAACUUUUUUGGUUAUCUAACAUCAAAAACAAUGGAUCAGCUUGAAAGGGCAUUGAUAUCAAAAAAACAUUUUAAUCAUACAUUUUUGUUUUCACACUACCCUACAACAACAAUGGUCUUUGGUACUUCCAAAACAGGCAAAACGUUUAAGGAUCUAGCUUAUCAUUAUAGUGUUUACUUUUGUGGUCACUUACAUAAGUUAAUAGCAGGUAUUGGUGAUGUUCUCAAGUCCUAUGAUCCUAUUUCAAAAUCACUUGAGCUAGAGCUGGGUGAUCUAAAAGAACAUGCACUAUACAGAAUUGUCGCCAUUGAUCAUGACCUGAUCUCUUUCGUUGACUUACAAUUACCCCUAGAUAAGAUACCAAAAAAGGGCCCUGUCAACGCAAUAGGCCUUGUUCAACCUUUCGAUGAUACUUCCAACAAUAUCAUCUGGCCUCAACUUGUACAACCUCACCAACCUUCAAUUUUAGUCACUAAUCCUAAAGAUGCUCGCUUCGCCAUUCCUUCUAAAGAACCGUUAGAGCGAAUCCGUGCCAGCACAAAUAUUCGAUUCUUAGUAUUCAGUAUACAGCCUCCAGAAGAAUUGAAGGUGCAGGUCUUUAUUAAUGAUGAACCGCAUGACAAAGAGGCAGUAUAUGCAGGUGACAAUCUCUGGACCGUACCAUGGAACCCAGCCAAUCUAUCAGACAAAAAGACACAUCAAUUGAGAAUUCAGGUGACAGCGUUACCAAGAGAGGGACAGCAGUUGCCACCAUCCAUUUCUGAAACAAUAUUUAGGUUAGACGGUCAUCGGGUAAAGAUUAAAGGUGGUUCUGGUGAAUUCAUCAUUAAGUCAAAAAUGAUUACUGUGCUGCAAUGUAUUACUUUCUUCGCAAUCUUCAAAAUGUUCCUCUUAUUAUUGAUACCCAAGCUAUUUACGAUACCCUCAGCACCCACGAAGCAGCAGCACCAGUUGCUAUUACGCAUUCAUGCAAUUGAACUACUUCCUAUUCCAUCCUUUUACUCAAAUCUCAAAAAAACCAUCCUCAUAUGGUCUUUACGUUUUGUUAAUUUUGCUUGUGAGCAGCCUAUCGUUUGGCAUGCCACUCUUAUUUAUCUUCUUGCUCUCUUAACUUUGCCUUGGUUCCGUGCUAAAUUCAUUCCUUCCGGAGAUAGUGAAGAAGAGCGUUAUGGUACAUUUUAUUUAUGGGGCAUGAUGUUUGGUCAAGAAUGGAUUCCCAUAGGUGAUACCUGGAUGUUAGCUGCCGAACAAGUGGUGUUUGAUGUCUUGGUGUUUUUUCUUAUCCUAGCAUGGCGCGAAACAGGGGUCGUCGAUUAUCAAUGCCCUGGUGCUACUUUGCUUCGACAACAAGAACCAGUUUUUGAUGCGAAUGCUACGAAUACUGUUACUGCCGCUGGGGACAGCCUCCAACAGGAAUAUUUAGUAGAUGAAACAACUACAACAUCCUUAACCAGCACUAACAGAAGAUUGGCAAAUCGUACCCCGCGCCGUUGUCGACGUCCCUGGAAUGAAAUGCCUUUAUCGAAAGGAUUACCACUUCUCUAUUGGUUAUGGAGAGCUAGUGAAUUGAUGGCGCUCGCUUCAUUUUAUGGCGGUAUCUGGCCCACACUUAUUUUAAAUAUGAAUGUUUAUUGGAUGUUCUUCAUUGGUUAUCAACUGGGCUGUGGAAAACAUGGGAUUCUUGUCUCAACAGCGUCCUCGUUAUCAAGGAGACAUGUACAGAAACGCAGACGCGGAGAGAACAGCAAUAGUGAUUUCGUUAGCAGUAUCAUUGUAGAAGGGUGUCCAGGGUGUCAGAAGAGUUAUUAUUAUACAAUGUUGUCAGAAAAACUGAAUCAUCAUCAACCGGAUGAUGGUAAAUUCAAUCCUAACGCUAUUUAUGGUAACAGUCAGAGCGAUUCUGACUCUCAAAUAGCUCCCCUUCAUAGUGGCUGCGCUUCAUCAGUCGAUGAUCUGACUUUAACCCAAGAAGAAGAACAACUUACUCAUGGACAAAAAGUGGGAGACGUUUCUAUGGUUCAGUCUAAUCUAAGUACUCAUACGAGUCGACAUUAUAGUGGCAGCAGUAGUAGUGGAAGUAGUACUCCAUUUGACGGACUCCCUUCUAUCAAAAGCCGAAAGCGAAUAUCCAAAUUUUGAUAAUAUAGUUAUACGACGAACGAGGUAGAUGAGACGACAUAUCGCUUGUUGCAUGUAUUUUCUUUUCCUUUUUUGAUCUCGAUAGAACAUUGGCAUUGAUUUUAAAAAAGCUUUGUCAUUUGCUAUAUGAGCUGCUUAUUUGCUGUUACAUACGACGAAUGUCUUAUGCAUGUAUGAAAUUGGUCUGUUU